CCCCUACGGCCGGAGCUCAGCGCUACCAGAUGAGAGUGCGGGGGAAGCGACACGGUUCUUCCAUAGAAACAAAUCAACUUCUUUGUGCUGCUUUGAUGACUCUUCUCUGCUCACGCUCUGUCUAAGUAAAUGGAUUUCCCUGCCUAGCAUGGAUGCCCCGACACCACCACCUCCACAUUCACCAUCCUUUCCCUCAGCUGAGGGCUUUUUCUUCUUGGCGCAGUGAGCUGGACUCGUACUGAUUUUUUCCCCUCUUGCCAAAUGGAUGUGGGAAAACCGCUGCUCAGCCCGCUGGUGAAGAUCAUGCUUUGAUCUUACAGCUGCCUGAAUUCACGUCGUAGGGGUUAAAGAGAAAACAAUACAGAGGAAUAUACCGAUCCAGGGAUUUAAAUCCAGCGCACCAAACAAGCACCAUGAAGAUCCCCCACCUGAUAUUUAAAGCCAGGCUCAGGUGCACCGUCAAGCUUCUACUGCUGCUAACACACUGUGUGGGGCUUUUACAUGGGAUGCCACAUGUCCUGAGAUUUGGGGGGAUAUUUGAGUCCAUUGAAAGUGGCCCAUCAGGUGCGGAGGAACUCGCCUUUAAGUUUGCUUUAAACACAAUCAACAGAAACAGAACUCUGCUUCCAAACACCACACUCACCUAUGACAUCCAAAGGAUAAACAUCUAUGACAGUUUCGAAGCCUCCAGGAAAGCCUGUGACCAGCUUUCUCUUGGGGUAGCAGCGAUUUUCGGUCCCUCUCACAGUUCCUCUGCUAAUGCUGUCCAGUCUAUUUGUAAUGCCCUUGGGGUCCCACACAUCCAGACUAAAUGGAAGCAUCAGGUAUCAGACAACAGAGAUGUCUUCUACGUGAGCCUUUAUCCAGACUUCUCCUCCCUCAGCCGGGCUAUCCUGGACUUGGUCCACUUCUUCAAAUGGAAGACGGUGACGGUGGUUUAUGAUGACAGCACUGGUCUGAUUCGUUUGCAAGAGCUUAUAAAGGCGCCUUCACGGUACAACAUCCGGUUAAAGAUUCGGCAGUUGCCUGCAGAAACCAAGGAUGCAAAGCCACUCUUAAAGGAGAUGAAAAGGGGGAAGGAGUUUCAUAUUAUCUUUGACUGUGGCCACGAAAUGGCUGCUGGGAUACUGAAGCAGGCUCUUGCCAUGGGGAUGAUGACAGAGUACUAUCACUAUAUAUUUACCACACUGGAUCUGUUUGCACUGGACGUGGAACCUUACCGGUACAGCGGUGUAAACAUGACGGGUUUCAGGAUACUCAACACCGAGAACAGCCAGGUGGCUUCUAUCAUCGAGAAGUGGUCCAUGGAGCGACUGCAGGCUCCACCGAAACCUGACUCUGGAUUACUGGACGGCUUCAUGACUACGGAUGCUGCACUGAUGUAUGAUGCUGUGCACGUGGUGGCUGUUGCUGUGCAGCAGUCUCAGCAGAUCACUGUCAGCUCAUUACAGUGCAACCGACACAAGCCAUGGCGUUUUGGAAACCGCUUCAUGGCCCUCAUCAAAGAGGCUCACUGGGAUGGCUUGACGGGGAGAAUCACUUUCAACCGGACCAAUGGCCUGAGAACAGACUUUGACCUUGAUGUAAUCAGUCUGAAGGAAGAGGGGCUUGAAAAGAUUGGUACCUGGGACCCUCCGAGUGGCCUAAACAUGACAGACAACCAGAAAGGGAAGACAACUAAUGUCUCUGACUCCUUGUCCAAUCGAUCCCUGGUGGUGUCUACUAUACUGGAAGAACCAUACGUGAUGUUCAAGAAGUCUGACAAACCACUCUAUGGAAACGACCGCUUUGAGGGCUACUGCAUUGAUCUACUCAGAGAGCUGGCCAACAUCCUAGGCUUUACUUUCGAGGUCCGACUGGUGGAAGAUGGAAAAUAUGGUGUCCAGGAUGAGAACACAGGCCAGUGGAAUGGCAUGGUCAAGGAGCUAAUGGACCAUAAAGCUGAUCUUGCAGUGGCUCCCCUCACCAUCACAUAUGUGCGCGAGAAGGUUAUCGACUUCUCCAAGCCCUUCAUGACGCUGGGUAUAAGUAUACUGUACCGCAAGCCCAACGGGACCAACCCUGGGGUCUUCUCCUUCCUCAACCCCCUCUCGCCUGAUAUCUGGAUGUAUAUUCUGCUGGCUUACUUGGGUGUCAGUUGUGUGCUGUUUGUCAUAGCCAGGUUUAGUCCCUACGAGUGGUAUAACCCCCACCCUUGCAACCCUGACUCGGAUGUAGUGGAAAACAAUUUCACCCUGCUUAAUAGUUUCUGGUUCGGAGUUGGAGCUCUCAUGCAGCAAGGAUCUGAGCUCAUGCCGAAAGCCCUCUCCACCAGAAUUGUAGGAGGAAUCUGGUGGUUUUUCACACUCAUCAUUAUCUCCUCCUACACGGCAAACUUAGCAGCCUUCCUAACUGUGGAGAGGAUGGAGUCGCCUAUCGACUCUGCUGAUGAUCUGGCCAAGCAGACAAAGAUAGAAUAUGGAGUUGUAGAAGACGGCGCAUCCAUGACCUUCUUCAAGAAAACCAAGAUCUCAACAUAUGAUAAAAUGUGGGAGUUUAUGAGCAGUCGGCGGCACUCUGUGAUGGUGAAGAAUGUUGAGGAAGGCAUUCACCGUGUGCUCACCUCGGACUACGCAUUCCUCAUGGAAUCCACCACCAUCGAAUUUGUGACGCAGCGCAACUGCAACCUCACACAGAUUGGAGGCCUCAUUGACUCAAAAGCCUAUGGGGUCGGGACCCCAAUGGGCUCUCCGUACAGAGAUAAGAUCACUAUUGCCAUUCUGCAGCUUCAAGAGGAAGGGAAGCUACACAUGAUGAAGGAGAAGUGGUGGAGAGGAAAUGGUUGUCCAGAGGAGGAAAGUAAGGAGGCCAGUGCCCUUGGGGUACAGAACAUCGGUGGGAUCUUCAUCAUCCUGGCAGCCGGACUUGUUCUCUCUGUCUUUGUGGCCAUGGGAGAGUUCCUCUACAAGUCCAAACAGAAUGCACAACUUGAAAAGGCCCAAUGGGGACAAGGAGAUAAGAAACAGGUCUUUCUGCAGUGCCAUGGUGGAAGAACUGCGAGUCUCCCUCAAGUGCCAGCGCCGACUCAAACACAAGCCCCAGCGACCCAUAAUGGUGAAAACAGAAGAGGUUAUCAACAUGCACACCUUCAACGACCGAAGACUGCCAGGCAAAGAGACCAUGGCCUAAAAUGGGAAUCUCAGUCCCUCUCUUACCGUUUUUCUGGUAGUGAGACGGAGUGCAGAGACAUUGGGAAAAAGGUUGCGGGUAAAUGGUAGGGGUGUUGCUGGGGGGGGGCAAAUUUGGCAGUUGUAUUACUCUGAAGAUAGAGCGGAAGUGCUUUGCAAUAUAUUGACGACAUAUUGUUCUUGUUUCUUUAUAAUUAGCUAGGGAUAAGAGAUUCUACAAUAUUUCCUGUGGAAAUAACUUGAUUCUGGGUGAAAUUUCAGCGCGUUACCUCAUUACACUUACCAACUUGGCAAGGCAGAAAGAUGGAAAACUAUCAGCUUGUCCAGACUUCCAAAACCCAGAUGUUGAGAAGAGUCUGGAAAUUAACCUGAAGGGGGACAGAAGAAUCCUUUAAAAAACUGGUCCUAUCAUCUUUAGCUGCUACUUAUUUAGUCUUUCACCACAGAGCUCAAAAUGGGCUGGUUAAACAACACCAGUAACAGAUUGUGAGCCAGUAUAGAGAUGUUAACUAGGUGAACAAGGAACUAAGUUUGUAGAAUAAGAUUUGACAGGCUAAAUUAAAACGAGAUUACAAUGUACACAGAGGCAUUCCUUAGUCACGAUACUGAUUGACACAAAAAAUGGUUUUAUUGUAUAUCAUCUAUCAGGCAAUAAGCGAUAUCAUGUAUUUAUUUUUCAGAGUACUAGCACUUUUGUUUUCUAAUCUGCUGGUGGAGGUGACUUUUAGAAACUAUAUGGAGAAAUUGCAGAAGUAGAGGUUAUACAGUAUAGUGAGCUUUCUAUGUCCCUUUCCAGAAACUACUCUAUGAAGGUGGAGUAACUUGUUUUCCAACAUCCCAUGCUCCCUUUGAUUCGACCAGCCUUUAAACCAUAGGCUGCUGUUCUAAACAAGUGUAGUUUUUUUCUUGAAUUGUGGCUAAAGAUGAUUAGCCGUAUAACAUAAUAAUAAUAAUAAUAAUAUUCUAGUAAGUUUGGCUAGUAAGAAUGACAAACCAUGUACUUUCAGUUUGAUGUCUAUUCUCUACUGGCGUAGAGGUGUUUCAUUUAGAUGACCCAGUAUCUGUAAAAUAUUGUCUUGUAUUUUUUUUUUUUUUUUUUGCUUGGUUGUAAUUUCCAUGGUCACACAGCACACACAGUGGUGUACACCCACUAGAGUGGAACCUGCGGUGUUUUCAUUGGAGGCAUCCACUCACUGUCUGAAAACACCUCUAACAUCAAUAAAAAGAAACCCUGGAAAGGUGUAGGCAUGGCUCAUCAAGUCUAAAUCCACAGCAGUCACACCACACAUAAAUUCUAUUUAUUCAAGAUAUUUAUUGUUUUUAUUUAUUAAUUAUUAUUUUAUAAAGAUCUUUAUUUAUAUCUCUUUGGACUGGUUUUUCAUUGCUGCAGUGAACACACUUCAUUUCAUGUAUGGGGACACACACUUUUUGCAUUUUUGUUUGUUUGUUUUUUGUGUUAUUUACUUUAUUCUUAUUUUAUUUUACUGGUCAGUGGCAUGGCCUCCAUUUUAACUUUGUACCUUUGUGGCUUUCUUCCUUUCACAGCAAAUCUCCACAGUUACUUGUGCAAAUGCAAUUUCUAUGAAAAAAGUGUUUUUGUAUGACAAGAAUCAAAAUUUUGUAAUGAUUUUUACCAACACAAACCACACUAAGAGGAGUGUCAUCCACGGCCAAGGGGUGGAGCUCCAGGCUGGUAGUUCAGGAGGCUUUGUACACUAGAAAAGAACCAACACAAAAACACACACACAUCUAGACCCCUAAGAGCCCAUCACGCACCCAUCCUCAACGGAACAGAUUCGCACUAAUUAUUAUUAUGCUCUCCAACAGAGACACAGAGCAUUAUGGUAAAGCUUCAGUGACACUGUAUUAUUUUGGAGAAGCAGAAAAAAAGAAACUAUUUUUAUCAUGUAAAGGAAUCAUAUUUAAAGAAAGAUAUUUUUACUUCACACAGAAGAAGAAUGGUAGUUGGUAAGAGCAAAUUAAAAUGUACACACAUGGCUAAAAAGGAAGAUUAUUGAUGAUUCUUUCAUUCUACACCCCUGAUUAAUUAUAGAUUGCUAGAAUCCAGUGCUGAGCAAUUGUGUGUAAAUGGUUUUAAAAAGGAAAAGAUGUAUUUAGAAGAAUUAUAAAGACAACUAAAUAAUUUUGAACCUGUUAUAAAAACAAGAUGCAGUGCACACAGUUUACCCUUUGAA